UUUGAUAGUGUUUCAAUUGAGAGGAGAAGGGAGAAGGUCAGGUCCAUGUGCUCCCAAGUGAAACAACAACUUCUCGGCGAGAGGCUAAAAAUAUCGUUAGAUCAGUCCCAGCAUCGUCACAGAACACUCAGAAUUAGUCAACUGUAUGGAAUGUCAAGAGAGUAGCUGAAAGAAUUCUCGACAAGUUGAUGGGAUCACACUGAAUAUGUUAUCACUACGACAGCUUGCUCUCUGCUCCUUGGUCGUGGUAUUAAUGAUCCAUUCAGCCACAUCAACGCUUCCCACUAUCACAACUAAAGAGAGUGGUGUCACUGAAUUUGCCACCGAGCAUCUCUCAUACGAAUGGAUAAUCAAAAAUUACACACUCAUUCCCUGGGACGAUGGAUGUAUCCGUUCCCCAGAAUUUCAUGGAGCGGAGAAGGACAUACGAUGGAUGAUAGAACUCUGUGAUUUGCAUCAACUCAGUGAUGGCAAAUAUAAUCCCGCAAUUUACCUUUCCACUUUCUCGAUGCACCGUCGCAAUCAACAGCGAAAUAUAUCUGGUAAGAUAUCGAUAUUCGAAUCAGGAAUUUUGAUAGCCAGUACUAUAUUUGGACAAAGAAUGGUAGGUGCAGGUAGGGACAGAUUUAAAUACUCCGACCAGGCGAUGACUGAUCGAUUGAAGUCAUUGGAGUCACCUCAAUCAUUCAUCACAAUACACUAUGAAAUAGACAUGCCGUUCAUCUUUAGAAAAAUUAUCAAUAAUACAGAGCCAGUGAAAUCGGAGUUUUCUCAUGAUUCAAAGAAGGGACGAUUGACUGAUGAUUUCGGUCUACUUUUGAAGGGAGGACAGCUCAGCGAUAUCACAAUCAUCGCAGGAAAUCAAACAUUAUCAGCACAUAAAAUCAUCUUGGCCACGCGGAGCCCCAUAUUCGGUGCUAUGAUCGAGCAAGCCGAGCGAAACAAAAGUGAAAAAAUACAAAUAAAUAUUGAAAAUAUGGAGCCGGCUGUGGUGGAAAUGAUGCUGGAAUUUAUCUACACUGAUGAUGUGUUUGAUCUACGUGAGUUACCAGUCAUUUACGGUCUGUUAUCAGCUGCCGAUAGGUUUCAAAUACCACGACUAAAAACCUUGUGUCGAAAUGUUCUUCGUGAAAGACUUGACGAAAAUGCUGCAGCAGAUAUCUUGGUCAGUUCUAUGGUCUGAAUGAGUUGAGGACACAAGUUUUGGAUUUUAUGGAGAAUCCUUCUUAAGAUGUAAAAGGGACAGGUGGCUAUGCCAAAUUGAAGGGCAUGUCUUCGACAUUGUUGAGGGAAUCAGCUUGUUCUCGUAGAGAAUGAUUUUUCAGUGCAAUUGUACAAAAAUAUUCCAAUGAAUUGUUUUUCUAAACUUUUAAAACAAUAAAAGGUGUUUCCAUAAGUUGGCCAAGUUUUGCAGAUUUGUGGAUGGCAGGUGUGAAAAUAUGCGAUAUUCUGUUGAUAAAACUAUUUACGCAAUAAAGAAGUAAAAGAA